AUGGAUACAUUCGGCGGGAGCGGUGCCCUCAUCGUUGCACUAGAAAUUAAAGUUAGUGACGGAUGGACGGUUAGUAACCAUCAAUACGGAGGAGGACAUUAUAGCCGCAAUAGCAAGAGCCACGAGGAUGGCUCUACAAAUGAUGGUGGGAAAGGGAGCCUUACCAGGAAGAGGGUUAGGAAAUACCUGCAAGGAGGGACUCAAAUCCUAGAACUAAAAGAGAAGAAAGAUCGCUUUGGUCUGGGGUUCAAGCCAGACUAUAAGCAAAGGAGGAAAGAAGUUGAGAAGCACCAAGAGGGAAGAAGGGCGCACCUUAAUGGAAGAGAAGUGGAGUGGGAGCUGAUGACAUUCCCUCCAAUAUCCCAAGCCUUCAUAUCAAGAGGGUUACUUAUAGAAGAAAGUCAUCAGAUUAAUGCUAUACACGACGAAGGAUUGGAGCAAGGAAACCUUGAGGGCAGGGCAACAUACCAACGGGCUAUGGUGAACUUAUUCCAUGAUAUGAUGCAUAAGGAGAUCAAAGUGUAUGUUGAUGACAUGAUUGCUAAAUCUCAAACAGAGAAGGAACAUAUUGAAGUUUUGAGGAAGCUAUUCCUGAGAUUAAGGAAAUUUCAGUUGGAGCUUAAUCCAGUAAAGUGCAUCUUCGGAGCUAGGUCGGGGAAGUUAUUAGGCUUUAUGGUCAGCGAAAGGGAAUAG